AUGCGACCCAGCUACUACAGGCUUCAAAGAGGCGCUAGUAAUGUCAGGCUCUACAGAAACCUCCUCGCCGACGCCAAGACUGUGACGGUUGUCCUUAGCCGUCUCCUGGAUCAACGAGAAGUGAACGAGAGCGCAGUGGUGAAUGUAUACCUGCAGAAUGUCGACCAGACUGACGGAAGUACGCCAACCCCCUUUGCGCUCGCGUCUAGACCCUACAUAGGCGAAACCGAUCUCGCCGCGAGGUCUUUAGACGACAAGGUCGAGCGGAGCAGGGGUUUGUCUGCGUUAGUGGGUAUCGCCGGUACCAUGCCAACAGUCGCGCUGAGCGUUGGAAAUCAGCUUCAGUCCUGUGUACCUCUCCUCACCUUGAAACGACUCUCGGAGCACUCCCCGUGUCGGGGUCUCGGAGGGUAG